GGCACAGCCAGAGAUAUAUCCUUUGUGAUAGACUUCCUGCCAGCAUUUCUCUUUCCCAACGAGGAACGCAGCGUCACCGAGUGGGCUGUUGCUGGUAUCAGCUUGGGCGGCCAAACGAUGUGGCUCGCGUUCAAAGACGACCGGCGCAUCAGGACAGGCAUUUCCAUCCUCGCAUGUCCGGAUAAUUUGGCGGUCAUCGACGUACUGGGGCAGUCAGCUCAUCGCAAACUCGUCGACCCACCGGCUGCAAUCCCAGACUCCAUGGUUUCGUUCCUGCGCAUGCACGACACGGUCUCCUCCCCAUAUCGUUCGCUCGGCCCCGAGAACCCGUUUCUCGGGAAGAGCUUGCUGGUCAUACAGGCGGAGGAUGAUCAAGUUGCGCCGUGGGCCCUGGCGAAGGAGUUUGUGGAGGGCCUCGAGCUUGCGGGUGGGAGGAAGAAGGUC